GAGUGCACAGCUGCAAAGCUUCCAGAGUGUGAGCCUGCUCCAGAUCACCACCCACACGCGGGGGGAGUACCUUUUGCCUCAUCUGGCUGCCAAGCUGCUCAUCGCCGCAGUGCCCGUGUUCAUCGCUGCUUAUUGGGUCUAUGCCUACAGAUCCCCGAGGGCGAGCCCUCAGAAGAGAGAGCCGGGCAUGUCCGGCGGCAUGCUCUUAGCUCUGGGAUCCACUCUGCUUCUU